AGCUGGCUAAGUAAUUUCCGUCGGCGUUAGCCAGACAGGCUAGCAAUGACGGAUAGGAUUAUUCCUGCUGGGGUCUGGAUUGUGAGGCAGCAGUCAUGAUUUUAUGGAGACCAUCCCACAAGACCUGAGCUGAUUUGUCAGCCUUGUGUAGGUUUGGUUUUCACCCCCCAAGUGUCCUCUGGAUAUCAGCUGGCCAUGGUGGUCUGAACAGAGGAGACGCAGGGAGAAAGCCUGGCACAGUGUGUUCACUCUAACACAGCAAGGCUCAUCCAAGAGGGGAGCAGAGACGGACCGGAGUAAAGAGGAAAAGAAUAUUUAAACAUAAAAUGUCUCAAAACAGAGAACUGGUGGUUUUCUACAUAAACUAUAAACUCUCCCAGAGAAACUAUCCUCUCCACCACAUGGGACUCAUAGAGCCUCCAAACAGGACUGAUGGGGGGGAAGCAGGACUGGGUGAGGAACAGCGGGUAGCGACGCACGCCAACGGGACUUUUAACGGCAUGAGCCCUGGGACCCCCCCAGCGUCCCCGCUGCGGCAGCAACGGUUGCCGUCAACGACGAGCCUGGACUCGGUCAAAGAAGCCCUCCGGGACUCGGCCAACGAGUUUGAGCUGCGGUACGCCCGCGCCUUCAGCGAUCUGCACAACCAGCUGCACAUCACGCCGGCCACGGCCUACCAAAGCUUCGAGAACGUGAUGGAUGAGGUGUUCCGGGACGGAGUCAACUGGGGCCGCAUAGUAGGGCUUUUUGCUUUCGGCGGGGCGCUGUGCGUCGAGUGCGUGGAGAAGGAGAUGAGUCCGCUGGUGGGCAGGAUCAUAGAGUGGAUGACAGUCUACCUGGACAACCAUAUUCAGCCCUGGAUCCAGAGCCAAGGAGGAUGGGAGCGCUUUGCCGAAAUCUUCGGGCAGGACGCGGCGGCAGAGAGCAGGAGGUCUCAGGAGAGUUUCAAGAAGUGGCUGCUGGCGGGAAUGACCCUGGUGACCGGGGUCGUGGUGGGCUCACUCAUCGCCCAGAAACGCCUGUGAAGAGAGAUGCACGGCAACCUUCCCAGCUCUCUUCCCCUACCUGCCUCCUUCUCUCCCCUCAACCUACACACCAUGGAAGUACAAAUGAAGGUCCUGUUUGUGUCGUCAGAACUGCUGAUGAUGUUUACUCUUUUUUUCCCCCCUCACACAUCCCACAGCGGACCAAGAAUCCUCACAUGUUGUUGAACUUUUGAGUAAAAGACAGAAGAGUCACUGUUAUCCAUUUGUUCACCUUCUUGCACCCUGAUGAAAAUCCGUGCGUAUACAGGGGCAGACAUGUUAUUCUUUUAUUCACCGAACCAGCUGUUCCUUCUGUUCCUCUUUUUUCCUCUGGUUCCUGUAUUAUUUUUCUUUCUUCAUGUUUGUAUGUAUUAGUUUUUAACAAAUUUUGGUUUCCCAUUUUUGCUCUCAAAAGAGACUGAGUCUUCACAGUUAACCCAAACCUGUCUGAUAAAUAGGGUCAGUGUGUUUUAGGGCCAGGGCUCAUCUACAUGUGACGUCUGUCUCGAAGCCUGUUUUGUUGCUCGUCCCACAGACAGCUCUACAAUAGCUUUGUACGUGCCAUAUGGAGAGUGAAAGCAGGGGAGGAUGUAGCAUCUCCCCCUGAACAGCUUCUGUAGUUCCUAUUUCCUGCCAACCAUCCUGAUCACAACACAUAAAGUAUAACAUCCUAGUCCAUGGCUCCAUACACUGAUUGUUUUGUCUUUGUCUUGGUUUUGUAUGAAUGGUGAGCAGAUUUUAGUUAAUAAAACAUGGGAGUCUUAAAACCUAAUGGGACAAUAACUCCCCCGCUCGUUUGUGUCUGUUGGUGUGUUUGGUUUUAGAUUUGUGAACCUUCAAACCCUCACCGCUCCCGCUGAUCUGUGCUUCACGGUCGUACUUGGCCUUGGUUUCAUCCUGUUAGCCUGCUGAGUGCCAGACCACUUUGUGUGGGAAGCUCUCAGAAGAAGAAUGACUGCGCUUCAUACAAGUCAUACAAGCAGGGCGCCGUGGCACAGACCCUCCAUGUUUACUACACAGUAGCUGAAGAAUGCAGCAAAUACUGUAGCAACACAAACGAUAGAGCAGCACCGGUCACAGCGACACUCAGCAUCACAGACUCUCGUCUAGACUGAAGGGUUGGAUGUUUGGAUUCAAGUUUUCAUUUUGGUAACACUUUAUUUUAAACCCCCCAACCUGCUGCCAUAAUUUAGUAUUUAUAAGCAGCAUAUAUAAACAAUUACUAAAUGGUUAAUAUGCACCAUAAUAUAGUUGUGAGCAGGUAUGAGGACAUUAAUAUAAUUCUACUCAAUUCUAACUUCUACAAAGCAUCAAUUAAACAAUGAAUGCAGCUGAAGAAUCGCCUGCAGGGUGGUGCUAGCCAUUGAUUACACAUUGAUAUUAGGCUGAUGGCAUCAGCAAAUAACAAACAAUCUUGAUAUGGAUUGUGUGUGAGAGCAGCAUACAUGCCGAGCGGGACCUGUCGGAGCUCUCUGGUGGAGAAUGUAACGGUGGCUGUGUUAACCUCCACCUUUUAUCGACUGAGCUCUGAUAACGACUGUGUUAUACUGUUACUCAUUAACUCCAGUUAUAGAUGCUAAUUUAAAACUGUUGAGACAAAACAUUCAUACACAUGAUGUUCUUCUAUCAGCGUGUUAUAAACUGUGAAUUCAUUGUUUAUAGAGCUGCAACAAUUAUGCGAUUGAUCAAUAAAUCAAGUCAAGCAGAAAUAACAAACAAACUGGCUCCAGCUUCUCAGAUGUGAGGAUCUGCUCCUUUUGUCUUAUGUUAUAUAAUUCUAUAAUUAAUGUCAAUUAAAUAUUUUGAGCUUUUGGAGUCCUGGUCUGAUAAAACAAGACAUAUUGACAACAAAUGUGCCCUUUAGUUGCAGCUGGGUUUGAAAUAAAGUGUUAGAGUCAUUUCUGUCAUAAUUUUGCAAUAAAAUGCUAAUCAUGUGCUCCAGUGCUCAAACAGAAGACUGCUUCUCCCAUUUUUCCCUCUAUGUGCUAAUUCAGUAAUCAGUCCUUAUUUUCAACCUUUAGUCGAAUCUUCCGUUGACACAGAUAUGAUUCAUGUUACCGCCAGAGUGAACAUCAAAGCCUUUUGAAGAUUUAUGUAGCAACCCGAUGAAGCAGCUGUCUUUGAGGAGCUGAUGCAGUUCUGCAUCAGCUGUUCCUUUGAGUUAGAUUUGAUUAGAAAUGUGUCAUCAUGCGUCUGUUUACCAUCUUAAGCCAAUCAGCAACUGUCGCCGGCUGUACGACCGUAAAAACUAGACACCCAAACCUUCAUAUCCCAUCUCACACACGCUCACUCCAAGUUACCCAAGCAUUGCCCCCCCCCCAGCCCCUCUUCUCCUCCUCCGUCCUCCCCAGACACCUCAAAUCUGUCAAUCUCCAUCCGUCUCUCCUCCUCUCUGCCUCUCCAUCCAGCUCCACCUCUUCCUCUUCAGUCCCCCGGCUGUCACUGCACCUAGUCACGUGUGUCAGUCACAGCUGGCCCACCUGCUGCUGCACACACACACACACACAUUUGUAACACACACACCUGCCAGUCAGAUGUAGUCCUCGAGAGACAGGGAGAGGAAGACCUCGUCUUUGUUUCGAAACGUCUUUCUAUCUUUAAUUUGAAGCCGAAGUCAGAUGAGUGUUUGUCGCCUGGUGUUUCACGCACCAACAAACGGCUGCUCCAGUUAUUUACUGGGAAAGGAGGGAAGGUGGGGGCUGCUCCUCCCUGUUCCAACAUCUUCUCCCAGUGCUUUAAUCUGGAUCUUAUUCUAAACACUGUCUGCAGCCAACACCAACAUGCCCUGGUCCUAUUCACAUGUGUCAUAGCGGCACAGUAAAGCACGACGCAGCUUUGGUGCUGCUCCAGAUUCAGCCGUGUGGAACCCGCAGAGCAAACACUGUAAAAGAUAAAGGCCUGGAUAUACACAUGAAACCUCCAUCACUAUCUGCCAGUGCGAGUGUCAGAGAUCAGCUGCGCCUCCAUCCUUGAAGCGGGCCUCAUCUCUCUUUAUCCACGUCGACUUUUGCUCCUCUCCAUCGCCAUAGCUCACACAAUCGAACAUUUCCUUUCAUGGAUUUCUCUCUCUAAAGUCCUGAUUACCGUCGAACAAACAUUUCACCAAACAAACCGCAUUGACUAUUGAUGAGCAUCGACCUAUAAAUGCUUGUGUCCUGAGCAUCUUAUUAGCCAAGGUUAGCUCUCAUACAUUCCAGUACAGUAUAUAUAAAUCUAUUUUUCUAGUGUAAGCCCCAACAAGAAGCUGCUCGCAGGCUUUUCUCUGCUGUCUUGGCCCUCACUGAAAUAAGUUCCCUUCCCACCCAUAUGUGAGCGUGUUUGUGUGUGUGUGUGUGUGUGUGUGUGCGCGUGCAUGUGUGUGAAUUUCUGUGUGGCAAAAUGUUCUUGAAGGAGGCACAAAUGAAGGAAGUGUGGCAGCACUGGCACGAUCCUAUAUAUAUAUAUGCUAGUUAUUUAAACUGAUUAGAAUAGUACGUUAGCUUAGCAACAUAUUUAAGAAAAACAGAACUGAUGGCUUUUAAACAUUAUUUAUAUAUGGUGUAAAAAGCGUAAUUGUGCCCCUUCAAAUGGCCUUAAACUCCAUCUUUACAUUGAUGUGAAUUGUCAUUCGUUGUGUUUUUGAGGAUUAUUGGACUGCCACUAGACAAGAAAAUGCAAAGUAAGAGCAUAUUUUCAAAAUGUGAGGUCUCCGAUGCAUUCUUGAUGGUCAUAAAUACUACAGAGUUAAAGAUCGCAACCAUGUCCAAUGGUCUGUUUGUGUCUUUGAAUGCCAUUGUAAAAUUUUAAAUUACAUUGAACCUAAUAAAGCCCAUGUUGAAAGAUA